UGUAUACGUUGGACACGGUGGUAUCUGUCAAGAUUCCGACAGCUCUUGUUCUUUCUUUUUUUGUAAACGAUUCGCUUUAGAACAAAGAUUAUUGAAUUUAUGCUGUACCUAUCGGAACUUACACGGAACUAGCAUACAUCUAUUAUCGGAUUUUUCUACUACAUUUGGAUAAAGUCAAAUCACUGUCAGAACCGAAUUGGCAGGAUGGUAAAUUGAGACAAUCGUCACAAUAAUAAUACGCGCUAAAUGAUUGUUACGUUUGUAAAUGUUCACAUGUGAAUGACUUUAUAGUUAGGUAUGUCACUGACGGUGUUUAUUAAAUAGGAAAAUAUUUUGUCUAAGGAAAACUAAGAAAUGCCUGCCUGAUGUGAAAAGUUGAACCAUAAAUAGAAUAAGUUCCCGAUAACCUUAGCAAUGAACUGGUUGAUACUUCUGCAAGCGUUGCUGUACUUUUGCAUUUUCAUCCUUGGAUUUUUGGUGUGCAUUCCAGUUGGAAUAAAUCGGUCCAGUUUUGAUGGAGAAUGCAUCUUGUAUGCAGAUGUUCACCAUUCAGGGAAAAUCUACAUUACGGGAAGUGCUUCUUCCAACUGUGAAUUUCCCAUCUAUUUUAGUGUGUUUGGUAUGAUAAUUGUUGGACUAUUAGCCGGACUUUGUUUUGGAUAUUUUGCACUGCGGUCCAGAAGUGACGAAGAUGUUGGAAGAAGAAUGUGGACAUUGCCUUUUAUUCCACUGAAUGCAGUUCUUACUAUCAUCGCGCUGGUUACAGCAUGUGUUCUCUCUCAUGGAUUUAACAUAUUCUGUGAAAGUGUCAAGGAUCUUUCAGAUCUCAUCAAAAGUUGUGCUCUGUUAGAACAUCAAACUUUCAACAAUAAAACAGACACUGGAGGGUUUGUUGGACUCUCUUCACUUUCUCAGGCCGGUGCCUGGAUUGGAUUUUUUAUCUAUCUGAUUCAGACUGGAAUCAGUGUUCUAAGAUUUUUUCGAAAUCGUCAACUAAAGCAGAAAAGUACAGGGAGUAGCUAAAUCAUCUCCGCUGAUAUGACAUUCCUUUCAACGCACUCUUUUUGUGUAUAUUUUAUUCCUAUAUGUAACAUUGUAGAUUCACACAUUUACGGACGUGUAAGAAUACAUCAUUAUUCUGUUUUCAUAAUCGGAACAUUUUGAUAGUUAUAAUACUGCCUGUAUUUGAUAUCAUUUUAAAGGGUUAAAAACAGACGUAUAUAUUGAUGUAUCUUGCACAUGAUUCCGACCUGUUAUAGCAAAGUUUUGAGGCAUAUGUAACUUUCAGAACAGCUGUAGUACAACGUUAUACUAUGUUGAUAUAUUGAGCUAGACAGGUAACCCACCAUUUGUUAUUUAUCAAACACCUGAAAUAAUAUAACAAUAUAUAAUGAUAUAAUAAAAUGA